AAACACGACGGACGUUUUGGACGUUUUGGUUUCGGUCUCAAACACACUGACAUCUAUCAAGAUCAAUUAUUUAGUAUUUAUUUCCGCUUCCACGGCCAGUCAUCGGCCGUUAUAGGUGAUAGAUCACAAACAUGUUAUGUUGUACAAAAUAAAUAAAAUUACAAUAAAUAAUAAUAUUUAGAUUAUACCAAAUAAAAAUAUACCAUUGGUUUUAAUUUAUAAAUAAAUAUUUUAUAUUUGUGUGUAUGUUGUAUAAGUAUUUGUAAUAUCCAUUAUCCAAUGGUAACACGCCUUCGAUUAACGGUCACGACUCAUAACAUCAGCUCUUGAAUUUCUUCGCUCUUGGUUUAAAUGAUUCAAAGUAUCAAACGUCAAAUAUGUAUGGUUUCACUGGUUCCAGUAAUGACUUAGAUCGUCAAAUCGAACAGCUUAGACAAUGCGAAAUCAUCGUGGAACACGAGGUGAAAGCAUUGUGCUCCAAAGCACGUGAAAUACUUAUUGAAGAGAGCAACGUGCAACGCGUUGACUCACCUGUCACGGUAUGUGGAGAUAUUCAUGGACAGUUCUAUGACUUAAAACAGUUGUUUAAAGUAGGUGGUGAUAUUCCUGAAAGAAAUUAUUUAUUUAUGGGUGAUUUUGUUGAUCGAGGAUUUUUCAGUGUUGAGACAUUUUUACUUCUACUUGCAUUAAAAGUAAGAUAUCCUGAUCGAAUAACAUUGAUACGUGGUAACCAUGAAUCACGUCAAAUUACCCAAGUUUAUGGAUUUUAUGACGAAUGCUUACGAAAAUACAAUAGUGUGGCUGUAUGGCGUUAUUGUACUGAUAUUUUUGAUUAUAUGAGCUUAUCUGCUAUUAUUGAUGGAAAAAUAUUCUGUGUGCAUGGUGGUUUGUCACCUUCAAUACAAACAUUAGAUCAAAUUAGAACAAUUAAUAGAAAACAGGAAGUUCCUCAUGAUGGACCUAUGUGUGAUUUAUUAUGGUCCGAUCCUGAAAAUACUCCAGGAUGGGGUGUGAGUCCUCGAGGUGCUGGAUACCUAUUUGGUUCUGAUGUUGUUUCCAGAUUUAUUACUACAAAUGGUCUGGAUAUUAUUUGUCGAGCUCACCAACUAGUAAUGGAAGGUUACAAAUGGCAUUUUGAUGAAACUGUUCUUACUGUUUGGUCGGCACCUAAUUAUUGUUAUCGUUGUGGUAAUAUUGCGGCAAUAUUAGAACUUAGUGAAACACUACAAAGAGAUUUUAUAAUAUUUGAAGCGGCUAUACAAGUAAGACGUGGAAUGCCAACAAAAAAACAUACAGCUGAUUAUUUCCUUUAAAUAUUCUCUAGUUUUUAAUGUAUUUAAUUAUAAUUUUCAAAGCAUAAUAAAGAGAAGGAAUAAUUUCUCUUUUAAUUUUAUUUUAUUUGUAAGAAUAUAAUGACAAUAUAAUGAAAUGUUUAUUUAUUUUUAUUAUAUUUAAGCUACAUUAAAGUUGUAUAUAGAAAAUUAAUAGGUUCAUACAUUAUUGUUAGACAUUAAUAGUUGAAUAGUAAUUUUAUAUAUAGUACCUUAAAUAAAAGUGAAUAACUUAAUA